AUGUGCACCCUUGAACAAGUUCAAAAACAUAACAAGCCAGACGACGCCUGGAUUGUUCUUCACAAUAAAGUCUACGAUGUCACCAAAUACCUCGAAGACCACCCUGGUGGCAGGGCCAUCUUGAUUGAGGUCGCUGGCACAGAUGCUACUGAGGCAUUUGAAGAGACUGGUCACUCUGACGAGGCUCGUGACGAGUUGGUGCAAUAUCAUGUUGGCGACCUGCCAUCAGAGGAACACGCCGAAUCAAUCGAGAUCUACCGUCCCACCUUUGAACAAGUUGCGCAGACAGCCGUUGUAUCUGUCAAGCCCUCUCCAGGCCGCGUUCCCUCGUUGGCCCUCUCAUUGCUCAAACUUGGCAUGACUGGCGCUUUAGGAGGCGUGGCUUUCGCCGGCUACAGCAACGGAUGGGAACAAUUUGCCCCGGUCUUCAAGAAGCUGUCGGAGAGUGCCUCAACUGUUAUGGCCAACCGCCCCAACCCCUCCGGCCAGUUCUGGUCCGGAUUCGGAAUCGCCAGUGUCGCCCAGCUGUCCAUCACCUUUGGAGUGGCGAUGUGGAUUUCAUCCAAGUUGGACGUCCAGCAAGAGUUCACCCAUCACUUGCCCCAUCGCACAUCUCGCUCCGACAGACUCAUCUUCCGCAAGAAGGCCCCAUCAACUAUCAAGAAGGCUCCCACCAAGACCCUCUCCACAACCCCCCUCGACCCGCGGCAGUUCAAGAGCUUCCCUCUCACCCACAAAGAAGUCGUCUCCCCCAACGUUUAUCGAUUCACCUUCGGCCUCCCCAAUAGAGACGAUGUCCUCGGUCUCCCCACAGGCCAGCACAUUGCCCUGCGCGCCACCAUCAACGGAAAGAGUGUCUCCCGUUCUUAUACACCCGUCUCCAACAACACCGAUCUGGGCCGCAUCGAGCUCCUCGUCAAGGUAUACUCCCAAGGCCAGAUGACCAAGUACCUUGAGCAAAUGAACAUCGGCGACACUAUCGAGAUCCGCGGGCCCAAGGGCGCAAUGCAGUAUACCACCUCCUACGCGAACCACAUCGGUAUGAUUGCUGGUGGUACCGGUAUUACCCCCAUAUACCAGCUGAUCCGGGUGAUCUGUGACGACAAAUCCGAUACUACCAAGAUGAGCUUGCUGUAUGCGAAUAACACCGAGGAGGACAUUUUGCUGCGCAAGGAGCUGGAUGAGUUUGCUCGCGAGAAUCCGGACAAGUUCUCUGUGCAGUAUGUGCUCUCACAGGCUGGUGAGGAUUGGACUGGUCAUCGUGGCUUUGUCUCGCAGGAUCUGAUCCAGACUUACUUGGCGCCGGCUGGUAAGGACAAUAAGAUGUUGCUGUGCGGCCCGCCGCCUAUGAUUAAUGCGAUGAAGAAGACUCUCGCUGGGCUAGGCUGGAAGGAUCCAAGUGCUGUUUCCAAGGCUACUGAUCAGAUAUUCCUUUUUUAA